UGGCGGAGCUUGCCCGUCUACCUUGAGGCCGCGGACGGACGGGGACCUGGCCGUAGUGACAGGACCGCGGAGCUCUCCCCUCUGGGCGCGAGCUGGUUAAGAAAUGAUCAGGAGUUUAUAGAGUGGAUGAUGCUGAACGUCCGCAGAGAAAACCCACUGUGUCUGGAGCUGGGUGAAUGAACAAGGCAUGUGGGUUCAGAAGAGAUCAGAAUGAAGACCAAACUAGGCUGAGCACAAGGACUAUGUGCUUGGUGCACUCAAGGAUGGCCAUGCAUGCUGAACCUAGAUUUUAAAAAUUACAGUUCUCUUAUCCUCUGUGCAAAUCCGAAAAUGUUAACAAUCAGCUUUUAUUACCCAUUGCUAGUGUGGUCCGGCACAACACUGUCAGCAGAUCUCCCUGGAGCACGAGAUCCUGCUGCACCCGCGCUACUUCGGCCCCAACUUGCUCAACACGGUGAAGCAGAAGCUCUUCACCGAGGUGGAGGGGACCUGCACGGGGAAGUUGGACUCUUCACAGAAAUUGGGCCCAUGUCUUGCUUCAUCUCCCGACAUUCCAUCCCAUCAGAGAUGGAGUUUGAUCCUAACUCCAACCCACCUUGUUACAAGACAGUGGAUGAGGACAUUGUGAUUCAGCAGGACGAUGAGAUCCGCUUAAAGAUUGUGGGGACCCGUGUGGACAAGAAUGACAUUUUUGCUAUUGGCUCCCUGAUGGACGAUUACUUGGGGCUUGUGAGCUGAGCAUGGGGGCCUCUUACCUUGAGUCCUGAUCUAGGAAGUAUGACUGUCACAUUUACUGUGUUGUCCAGAGGCCCAGUCUGACGGCUGUUGGGGAGGCAAGGAAGGUACCUUGUCUCCAGAAGACAUCUGGCACUUCUUUUGGCUUAGGGGCUGUUCCCAGCUUUUUGACUAUGUGUUUGCAUCAUAAACAAUUCUUAGUUCUCA